UCCCUGUAGCGCUGCGCGUCCCCUGCGCUAUACUUCAGCGUGCCCGCGGUCACUGCGGGUUCACUCGCUGCACGAUGGCGGAGGGAGGCGGACCCGAGUCGGGUAACGCUUCGGACCCUGACGAGAAGCCGGCGAUCACGCAGACACCCGUACCGUCCACUGAAAACCAAAAGCAGAGCAUAGGGACGCUUCUGAAGACGCCACUGAGGAAGGGAGACGAAUGGUAUUUGAUUGACAGCCGGUGGUUUAAACAGUGGAAGAAAUAUGUGGGCUUUGACAGCUGGGAUAUGUACAAUGUCGGAGAGCACAAUCUGUACCCUGGACCCAUUGACAACUCGGGGCUCUUUUCAGAUUCAAAAUCCCAGACGCUUAAAGAUCAUCUUAUAGAUGAGUUAGACUAUGUGCUGGUGCCUACAGAGGCCUGGAAUAAGCUGGUCAGCUGGUAUGGCUGUUUGGAGGGUCAGAAGCCCAUCAUCAGAAAGGUUGUUGAACAUGGGAUGUUUGUCAAGCACUGUAAAGUGGAGGUGUAUUUGCUCGAGUUAAACUUGUGUGAAAAUGACAACAUGGAUAAAGUUGUCACCCGCCAUUUCAGCAAAGCGGACACUAUAGAUACUAUUGAAAAAGAGAUGAGGAGAUUAUUCGACAUCCCAUCAGAAAAGGAAACCCGACUCUGGAAUAAAUAUAUGAGCAACACGUAUGAACAGCUUAACAAGUUGGACAGCACCGUACAGGACGCAGGACUUUUUCAAGGACAGGUGCUUGUUAUUGAGAAGAAAAAUGAGGAUGGCACGUGGCCAAGACAGAGCUGCCAUUCCAAGUCCAGUACUUCCACCUCUCGAAAUUAUACAACUUCCCCAAAACUCUCCUCCAAUUCGUCUGCCACCAUAUCCUCCACGAUAACAAACGGAGAUAGCAAUAGCAACUCUGGCUACUCGUUAAACAACAGUUCCUCCGGUAACAGGUUGGGAGGUUACUCCUACAGCUCCUCCUACAAUUACAGAGAAUCAGCCGCUCAACCAGGCCUAUGUGGUCUAAGUAACCUGGGCAACACCUGCUUCAUGAACUCUGCUCUCCAGUGUCUGAGCAACACUCCCCCACUCACAGAAUAUUUCUUGGAGGACCGAUACGAAGCUGAGAUCAACCGGGAAAAUCCAUUAGGGAUGCGAGGGGAGAUCGCAGAGGCUUAUGCGGAUCUGGUCAAACAGAUGUGGCUUAGUCGAACCAGUUACGUGGCUCCCCGCACUUUUAAAACCCAAGUGGGUCGUUUUGCCCCGCAGUUCUCAGGGUACCAACAACAAGACUCUCAGGAGUUGCUGGCCUUUUUGCUGGACGGCCUACAUGAGGACCUCAACCGUGUUAAGAAGAAGCCUUACCUGGCCCUGAGAGAUGCUGAGGGACGGGCUGAUGAGAUCGUAGCCAAGGAAGCAUGGGCGAACCACAGGUUGCGGAACGAUUCCAUAAUCGUGGACAUCUUUCACGGCUUGUUCAAAUCUACGCUAGUUUGCCCAGAGUGCUCCAAAGUUUCUGUUACGUUUGACCCCUUCUGCUACCUCACACUGCCCCUGCCACUGAAAAAAGAUCGCACUAUGGAGGUGUUCUUGGUCCGAACUGACCCCCAAUCCAGAGCUAUGAAAUAUCGUGUCGUGGUUCCAAAAAUGGGUGUGGUGACAGAUCUGUGCAGCUCUUUGGCCAAACUAUCUGGAGUUCCUUCAGAGAAUAUGGUUGUGGCAGAUGUUUACAAUCACAGGUUUCAUAAAAUCUACAAACGGGAUGAUGGCCUGAGUAGCAUUAUGGACAAGGACGACAUAUUUGUUUAUGAGGUAUUAGAGGAGGACAGCGAGAAGAUGAAUCUGCCCGUGUACUUCAGAGAGAGGCACUCCAAGCACAGCGGAGGCUCAUCUGGCACAAUGCUAUUCGGCCAACCUCUCCUCAUCACCGUCCCGCGACACAACCUCACCGUGGACACCCUCUAUGAGCGUGUGCUGGAGAGGAUUGGGCGUUACGUUAAGCGGUCGGAGGGAACUGUUACAGACAGUAGGGCGCCUGCCUCAGCCACUUCCUCCAGCAGCAGCCAAUCACCAGAAUGCGUCCCUUCGGUGUCCAGUCACAGCACAGCACUGAGUGGCUGCAGCAGCCCGGCAUCUGAAGGCGCUUCAUGCAGCGCCGGAUCAAACGGCAGCAACCACUCUGGAACCUGUAACGGUCCUAAUGGAGUUUGUGAUGGUGAUGAGGAAGCCAUGGACCACCAGGAGAGUCCCGAACCUGAGAAUAGCCACUCAGACACUGUGGAUGGGGAGGAGGACUCUGAACCAGAGAACGGUCCCAAUAGCAGCAGUGGAAAAUCUUCCUCUUCCAGGCCUAAGCUCUUCUCUUUCAGCAUGGUCAACUCGUACGGAACAGCCAACAUCAGCUCUCUGCCUUUUGAUGGCAAUCUGCUUAAACUCACAUCGCAUUCAACAGUAGCCAUCGAUUGGGACUCGGAUGUCAAGAAACUGUGCUACGAUGACGAGGAAGCUGAGGCAUAUGACAAACAUGAGAGCAUGCUGCACGCCCAGAAGAAGAAGACCGCAGUAGCUUUACGAGAAUGCAUCGAGCUCUUUACCACAAUGGAGACUUUAGGAGAACAUGACCCCUGGUAUUGCCCUACGUGUAGGAAACACCAGCAGGCCACCAAGAAGUUUGACCUGUGGUCUCUCCCGCGCAUUCUGGUCGUGCAUCUGAAGAGGUUCUCAUACAACCGCUGCUGGAGAGACAAGCUUGACACUGUUGUGAACUUUCCCAUUAGGGACUUGAACAUGUCAGAGUUUGUUUGCGACCCCAAAGCUGAUCCGUACGUCUAUGACCUCAUUGCUGUUUCCAACCAUUAUGGAGGAAUGGGGGGAGGCCAUUACACGGCAUAUGGCAAGAACAAAAUGGAUGGGAAAUGGUAUUACUUUGAUGACAGUAGCGUUUCUUCUGCCACAGAGGAUCAGAUUGUGACUAAAGCAGCUUACGUGCUCUUUUACCAACGCAGAGAUGCGGACACACCAUCCAAAUCCACCCCCUCUGCGUCACUAGGCGGAGCUCCGGAGACCCUGGAUGACCACAUGGACACCAAUUGAGUUUCUUUAGUCUUUUAAAAACAGGCACUGAAACGAAAAACUACAUAAACCAACAAUACAUCAACGCACAUCCGUGGCUACUUCAGUGACUAUUAAAGGCUCACGAACAGGCCCUUUGUUUUAGCUUUAUUUUAAUUUUCUUUCACACAUGCAUCUUUAUCCAGAGCCAAAAAAGAAUAUUAAUAAUAAAGAGAAUUUUAGUUUGA